AUGUUGAAGAGGGAGGAUGGCUCGCUAUCAGCCAAAGUCGCCGAUUUUGGCUACCACGCCUCUUUUGGUAAUAGUAGCAACCUGUUGGAGCUGCCCAACACCUCUCCAUGGCAUGCACCCGAGCGCCAGGAGCGUUCUAACCUUGCGCCAGCCGAGGUAAUGACUGCGGAUAUCUUCUCCUUUGGCAUGGUCUCUCUAUGGUUUGUAUUCGAAAAACAGCUUUUGAAGAUGGCGCAAAGUCCCGAUCAUGUGCCCGUGUCCUGUUUGGAUUACCUGAGUGACCCGGGGCCUGAUAGGAGCCAGGCUAUAGCAAACAAGCUUCGCUCCGCCAACUAUCUGCCAGAUCCAGCUAUCUUGAAGAUUCUCGCAGGCCAGCAGAGUUUCGCCGUGCAACUGGCACAAACACUGAUCUCAGGACGGGAUGGCCUUGACGGGAAGCUGGGGACUGAAUUUAAGCCGCUUUUUGAGGGUACUCUUGCACUGGAUCCGAAAGAGCCUGUGGCUGACCUGAGAGUGUUACUUGAGCUCAAGGCCCCAGAUCCGUAA